UGGCAGUUCAAGCACACAACGCUGAAGACCUGUCCUGAAGGUGCUGUAGAAAUCUCCUGAGGGUCAUUUCAUGGGGGAAAAUCCUGCCAAGAACCAUUAUGCACAGCUUAACCAGGGAGAAGAGAAUGAGAUGGAGAUAUUUGGCUACAAACCCCAAGGCUGGCGGAGGGUCCUGUGCAUUGCUGGGUACAUCUUGUCCUGCGGAGCUUUGCUGCUGCUGUUUUACUGGAAGCCAGAGUGGGACGUGUGGGCAAACUGCACCCGCUGCAGCUUGGAAGAAGCAGACAUUGUUCUGCUCCGAACAACAGAUGAAUUUCAGGUUUAUUCUCGUAAGACUGUGACAUGGAUCUCUGUGUCUGCACUUAUCAAAAGUAAAUUGGAAAAUCCAUCCAGUGUUGAGGAAGACUCAAUCUUCAGCAAAGCCAUAAUGAAGCCAAGUUUGCAAGUGAAAAGUAUCCAAGUACAAAAAAUCCGUUAUGUCUGGAAUAUCUAUGCAAAGCAGUUUCAGAAAGUCGGAGCCCUAGAAGACGAUUACUCUUGCUCAGCUAUACAUGCCAAAUUUGGUUCUGGUCUCACCUGCUAUGAACAGAAUGUCAGGAGACUUAUAUGUGGACCAAACACUAUUGAUGUUCCAGUGGUCCCUAUUUGGAAACUACUCAUCAAAGAGGUCUUAAAUCCAUUUUACGUGUUCCAGCUGUUCAGUGUGUGUCUGUGGUUUGCUGAAGAUUACAUGGAGUAUGCCACUGCCAUCAUAAUCAUGUCUCUCCUCUCAAUUUUUUUGACUGUGUAUGAUCUUAGACAGCAAUCGGUUAAACUGCACAGACUGGUUGAGUCUCAUAACAACAUCAUGGUCACUGUCUGCAGAAAUAAGGAAGGUUUCCAAGAGCUGGAAUCACACCAUCUUGUUCCUGGAGAUAUGCUGGUUCUGAAAGAAGGCAAAAUGCUUUUGCCUUGUGAUGCCAUCCUGAUCAGUGGGCAGUGCAUCGUAAAUGAAAGCAUGCUGACAGGAGAAAGUAUUCCAGUAACAAAGAUCCACUUACCCCAAGCUGAUAACUUCAAGCCCUGGAGAAUGCACUGUGCAGAUGAUUACAAAAAACAUGUCCUCUUCUGUGGAACAGAGGUCAUACAGACGAAGGCAGAUGACAGAGGAGUGGUGAAAGCUGUGGUGCUGCGGACUGGUUUCAAUACAGCCAAGGGGGAUCUGGUGAGGUCCAUUCUCUACCCUAAACCCAUGAACUUCAAGCUUUACAGAGAUGGCCUCCGGUUCCUGAUGUGCCUCAUAGCAUUUGCAGCCAUUGGCAUGAUCUACACAGUGUGUGUAUUUGUACUUAAUGGGGAGGAUGCAGGAGAAGUGGUGAAGAAGGCUUUGGAUGUUAUCACUAUUGCUGUCCCCCCAGCUCUGCCAGCUGCCUUGACAACAGGGAUUAUUUAUACCCAGCGAAGGCUGAAGAAAAAGGGCAUCUUCUGCAUCAGUCCACAGAGGAUCAACAUGUGUGGACAACUGAACCUCAUCUGCUUUGACAAAACUGGCACCCUAACAGAAGAUGGCCUGGAUCUUUGGGGUUUGCUACCCUCUGAAAGAAGCAGAUUCCAGGACAUCCACAUCUUCCCUGCAGACCACAGCCUGCCUUGGGGCCCAGUGCUCAGAGCAAUGGUGGUUUGUCAUUCACUGAUUGUGUUGGAGGGCAAGAUCCAAGGAGAUCCACUGGAUGUAAAAAUGUUUGAGGCCACUAACUGGGUGAUAGAUGAUUCCGGUGGACACCAGAUUGAAGGUCAAGAAUCCACACAUGCCACAUUUAGACCUGGGCCUAAAGCCAGCAGUGCUCCAGUGGAAGGACUUAUCAUUUUACAUCAGUUUCCAUUUUCUUCAGCCUUGCAGAGAAUGUCUGUCAUUGCUCAGGAUAUCGGUGGGGAGCAACAGGUCUUCACAAAAGGUGCUCCAGAAAUGGUAGCCAUGUUAUGUAGAGCAGAAACAGUCCCAUCGAACUUUGAAAGCCAACUUCUGCUCUACACAGCACAGGGCUUUAGGGUCAUUGGACUGGCAUGUAAAUCUCUGCAGGCAGGGAAGCAAUCUACUGAUCUAACAAGGGAGGAGGUAGAAUCUGAUCUAACAUUCCUGGGUCUAUUGAUAAUGGAGAAUCGACUAAAAAGGGAGACAAAGCCUGUCCUGGAGGAGCUCAGUGCUGCCUGCAUCAGGAGUGUUAUGGUUACAGGUGACAACAUUCAGACAGCUGUAACUGUUGCCAAAAAUGCUAGGAUGAUUUCUCCAAUGAACAGAGUGAUUCUUGUGGAAGCAAACAAAAUACCUGGAUCUUUUUCAGCAUCUAUAACCUGGAAAGCACUAGAAGAAAACAAAUCUGAAGAUUAUGGAAGCCUGGAGCACCACAGUCAGCCUGGAGGAAGAAUCAGGCUGGCACUGGGAUCAGGCCAGUAUCAUUUUGCCAUGAGUGGAAAAUCUUACCAAAUUGUAGCACAGCAUUUCAGACACUUACUCCCAAAGCUCCUGCUGAAUGCAACAGUUUUUGCUAGAAUGUCUCCUGCUCAGAAAUCCAGCCUAGUGGAGGAGUUUCAAAAGUUGGAUUACUUUGUGGGCAUGUGUGGAGAUGGAGCCAAUGACUGUGGGGCUUUGAAAGUGGCGCACGCCGGGAUAUCCCUGUCGGAGCAGGAGGCAUCUGUGGCUUCACCUUUCACAUCCCGAACCCCCAGCAUAGCGUGUGUGCCAGAGCUCAUCAGGGAAGGUCGUGCUGCCCUUGUCACUUCCUUCUGCAUGUUCAAGUACAUGGCACUGUACAGCACCAUUCAGUACCUUGGUGUUCUUCUACUGUACUGGCAACUAAACUCCUUUGGGAAUUACCAAUUUUUGUUCCAAGAUCUGGCUAUUACCACUGUAAUUGGUGUGACAAUGAGUUUCACAGGUGCCUAUCCAAAGCUGGUUCCCUACAGGCCUCCUAGCCAACUCAUCUCACCCCCGUUGCUGCUCUCUGUUGUACUUAACAUCCUCUUCAGCCUCAGCAUGCAGAUUUUUGGGUUUAUGGUGGUCCAGCAGCAGUCUUGGUAUUCAAAGACCAAUAUACACAGCGCCUGCCUUUCAAUGAACAACCACACGGAUAAUUCUUCCUCUGUUUCCAGCCUGGGGCUCCAUGGGCUAAGAGAUGAAGCCCAUGGGCAGAUAGACAAUGGCUACAAGAGCUAUGAAAACACCACAGUGUGGCUGCUAAGUACCAUCAACUGCCUCAUCGUAGCACUAGUGUUUUCCAAGGGAAAGCCUUUCAGGCAACCCAUCUACACAAACUAUGUGUUCAUACUGGUGCUCAUAGGGCAGCUGGGCAUUUGCCUUUUCUUGGUGUUUGCUGAUAUUGCAGAUGUCUACUCUAAGAUGGAUCUUGUUUGCACCCCUACCAUGUGGAGGAUCUCCAUGGUGAUAAUGCUUGCAGUCACAUUUGCUGUGUCUUUCCUUGUUGAGGAAGCUGUCAUUGAGAACAGAUCCUUGUGGCUGCUGCUGAAAAAGACCUUCCAGUACCACUCGAAGAGCCAGUACAAGAGACUGCAGCGAGUGUUAGAGCAGGACUCAGCCUGGCCACCUCUGAAUGAAACCUUCUUCUCAGAUUCUGUGGCAAUACCAGUAGAAGGAAAUAUGGGAGGCCAUAGCAAUCCAGCAUUUGACAGCAAUGAGGAUGCACUCUGA